GCGUUCCGGGAGACUCCGAGCUGGGGCGGGGAACUGCAGUGCAUUCUGGGAAAGUCGCCAGGCCCGCCGCUUUGUUUCCCGCCCCAGAGCAGCUCUUGGUUUCCGGAGGUCCGCAGAAGCUCUGCGGUUCUCGCCUUGGGGGCUCUCCUCGGAGACGCCUUUCCUUCCCACGUCGGGUUUCGGCUCUCGCAGGGGUCCUCCAGACGCCGCCAGCAUGUCUGGGGUGCGAGCUGUGCGGAUCAGCAUCGAGUCGGCCUGCGAGAAGCAGGUCCAGGAGGUGGGCCUGGAUGGCACUGAAACGUACCUGCAGCCUCUGUCCAUGUCGCAGAACCUGGCGCGCCUGGCCCAGCGGAUCGACUUCAGCCAGGGUUCGGGCUCCGAGGAGGAGGAGGCGGCGGGGGCAGAGGGGGACGCGCAGGACUGGGCCGGCGCCGGGUCCAGCGCGGACCAGGACGACGAGGAAGGGUUGGUAAAAUUUCAACCUUCCCUUUGGCCUUGGGACUCUGUGAGGAACAAUUUGAGAAGUGCCUUGACAGAGAUGUGUGUUCUCUAUGAUGUCCUUAGUAUAGUUAGAGAUAAAAAAUUUAUGACUCUCGACCCUGUCUCUCAGGAUGCACUUCCUCCAAAACAGAAUCCUCAGACACUGCAGUUGAUAUCUAAAAAGAAGUCGCUGGCUGGAGCAGCACAGAUCCUACUGAAGGGGGCAGAAAGACUGACCAAAUCAGUUACUGAAAACCAAGAAAAUAAGCUGCAAAGAGACUUCAACUCCGAGCUUUUGAGAUUACGGCAACACUGGAAACUCAGAAAAGUUGGAGAUAAAAUUCUUGGAGAUCUGAGCUACAGAAGCGCAGGAUCUCUCUUUCCCCAUCACGGUACAUUUGAAGUAAUAAAGAAUACAGAUAUUGAUCUGGAUAAGAAGAUACCUGAAGAUUACUGUCCCCUUGAUGUACAAAUUCCUAGUGAUUUAGAAGGGUCUGCAUAUAUCAAGGUUUCAAUUCAAAAACAGGCUCCAGACAUAGGUGAUCUCGGCACAGUCAACCUCUUCAAACGACCUUUGCCCAAAUCCAAACCAGGUUCCCCACAUUGGCAGACGAAAUUAGAAGCAGCACAGAAUGUUCUCUUGUGUAAAGAAAUUUUUGCACAGCUCUCUCGGGAAGCUGUUCAAAUUAAGUCACAAAUCCCUCACAUUGUGGUGAAAAACCAGAUUAUCUCUCAGCCCUUUCCAAGCUUGCAGUUACUGAUUUCUUUGUGCCAUUCCUCAAAUGAUAAGAAAUCCCAAAAAUGCGCUCCUGAGAAGCAAAGCCCGGAGGACCAUCUUUAUGUCUUAGAGCAUAAUUUGCAUCUACUAAUUAGAGAGUUCCAUAAACAGACCUUGAGUUCCGUCAUGAUGCCCCAUCCAGCCAGCGCGCCUUUCGGUCACAAGAGAAUGAGACUUUCGGGUCCUCAAGCCUUUGAUAAAAAUGAGAUUAAUUCAUUACAGUCCAGUGAGGGGCUUCUGGAAAAAAUAAUUAAGCAAGCAAAGCAUAUCUUUCUGAGGAGCAGAGCUGCUGCAACCAUUGACAGCUUAGCAAGUCGCAUCGAGGACCCCCAAAUACAGGCUCACUGGUCAAAUAUUAAUGAUGUUUAUGAAUCUAGUGUGAAGGUUUUAAUCACCUCACAAGGUUAUGAACAGAUAUGCAAGUCCAUUCAGCUGCAGUUGAAUAUCGGAGUUGAGCAGAUCCGAGUUGUCCACAGGGACGGAAGAGUCAUCACACUGUCUCACCAGGAGCAGGAGCUACAGGACUUCCUCCUGUCGCAGAUGUCACAGCAUCAGGUGCAUGCGGUCCAGCAGCUCGCCAAGGUUAUGGGCUGGCAGGUGCUGAGCUUCAGUAAUCACGUGGGCCUCGGACCCAUAGAGAGCAUUGGCAAUGCCUCUGCCAUCACGGUGGCCUCGCCAAGUGGGGACUAUGCUAUCUCAGUUCGCAACGGCCCUGAAAGCGGCAGCAAGAUCAUGGUUCAGUUUCCCCGGAACCAGUGUAAAGACCUUCCGAAAAGUGACGUUUUGCAGGAUAGCAAAUGGAAUCAUCUUCGUGGCCCGUUCAGAGAAGUUCAGUGGAAUAAGAUGGAAGGCCGAAACUUUGUUUAUAAGAUGGAGCUGCUCAUGUCUGCGCUCAGCCCUUGCCUGCUGUGAUCCUUGUUCCCAGCACCGUUUCUGGAUUGUUUUUGGCAGAGAAGUUUCUGGAAAUGGACCUGAGAAGAUGAAGUUUUCCAAAGGAGUAUUGUUUUUAAAAAUAAUUAGCAGAUGUUUACCUAGCAUUUUGAAACCUUUCACUUUAUAAGUGACAAGUGCUUUGAAAUGCAGACACUUAUGUACAGUUAUAGGGUAUAUAGUAUGGGGCUGGGGGAUGCAAAAUGUUUUUUAUGCAGUUAACUUGAAAUGUUACUAAUUUAUGGGUUUGAAUUCACUUUUUAAAAUAUUCCUUUGAUGUUGACAUCAAAUAAAGUGUAUGACUAAAAAUUCCAGAUA